UUCGCCGAUUCUGCAAAGCCAUAUUCCGCCAAAAUUUUACGUGUCAUCGAUCGCCCCUGAUGGAAAGCGUAGGGUUAGCCGAGGGGGAAGGCUACAGUGUGGGGAAGAUCUCGACGUCGGAGGCAAAGACGAGUGGGAAGAGGAGACAGUACUUCCGAAGACAGUGGAAGCGACUCGACGUUAUAAGGACAAUGACGGUUGUGGCCGUGCAUCUGCUUUGUCUCUUGGCGCCGUUUCACUUCACGUGGGAAGCCCUCUGGCUCAGUUUGAUGCUUUAUCCUGUGAUUUCACUCGGCGUCACGCUGUCUUACCAUAGGAACUUGGCCCACCGAAGCUUCAAGCUUCCGAAAUGGCUCGAGUAUCUCUUCGCUUAUAUCGGUCUUUUCGCUCUUCAGGGCCAUCCAAUUGAUUGGGUAAGCACACAUCGUUUCCAUCACCAGUUCACCGAUUCGGAUCGUGAUCCACACAGCCCACUUGAAGGGUUUUGGUUCAGCCACUUCAUAUGGAUAUUUGACACCGAGUACAUAAGAUACAAGGGCGUCGCUCUCACGUUCGGAUACCACAUGACUUGGCUUAUAAACUCAGUAUGCCAUAUUUGGGGAUCCCGAGCAUGGAAGACCAACGACACCUCUCGUAACGUUUGGUGGCUGAGCGUAUUCUCGUUCGGCGAAAGUUGGCACAACAACCACCACGCAUUUGGGUCAUCGGCCAGGCAUGGCCUCGAGUGGUGGCAGAUAGACCUCACUUGGUACGUCAUUAGAUUCCUCGAGGCUGUCGGAUUGGCCACCGACGUGAAGCUCCCGACCGAGUCCCAGAAACGCAGGAUGGCUCUGAAUCUGAUCCAUUGAACAUGCAAAAUAUUUGUCCGAAUUCGAUCCCAAUCUCAUCCUUAUAGAAUUUAUUUAAAAUUUACGCGUUAUUUAUUCAAACGAUAUUUAAUGUUUUAAUGAUGUAGAAUAUAAAUUCAAAUAAAAUAUAAAGUGGAUUCAUCUAUCAAUAAAGAUAUUAGGGGUAAUCCCUAAAAAAACUC